CUACGUGCAUCUGGUCCUAUGGCUGCUGCUGGUUGCUAAGAUGAGCGUGGGACACCUGAGGCUCUUGUCAUAUGAUCAGGAUGACAGUUUCACUGGCCUUCAGUGGGGCUGGUUCCUACUCAUGGUAGAGAUAUUCAAAAAGUAUGUGACAAGUUCCAGUUGUGUAGGAGACACAAGAUGCCAACAUCUGCUCAGAGGAAACUGCUGAGUAGUUGUUGCCUGUAUGAGAAGGACAUCACAUGUCCCAUUCCCAGACAUCUCCCACUACAAAAGGACCCAACCUUCCCAUCCAGAGGCAAGGUUCCCCAGCCUCAGCUCACAAAGACAUGGAGGGCCUGAGUUCUCCUUUGACCUGCUGCCUGAGGCACAGGCUAUUCAAGUGACCAUCGCUCCAGGACCUGAGGUCAGCAUGCAUCUUUGUCACCAAUGGACACUGGAGUGCAAGGAGCUGAGCAGUCCCUUCAGUGCCCAGGUACUGAGUGCCAUCUCCCUAAAAUUGUGCCUGCCUUAUGAAUUCCUCCUGCCUUGUCUGUGCAUAGAGGCAUCCUACCUGCAAGAGGGCACUGUGAGGAGUAAAAAAUGUCCCUUCCAGAGCUGGCUUGAAGCCUAUGUCCUGGACUAAUGGAAGUCGGUAUACUUUGCUGACUACAGCCAGCCCAGUCAGAUGGUCAUGGCCCUGACACUCUGCCCACUGAAGCUGGAGUCCUCCCUCUGCCAUACGAAAGGCUGGCACAGGCUCUGUGAAGACCUCCCCAGUGCCACAGCUCAAGAGUCAGAGGGGUGAUAUGUUUUGGAGAAAGUGGACUUGCACCCCCAGCUCUGCUUCAAGUUUUCUUUUGGAAAUAGCAGCCACACUGAAUGACCCCACUGGACUGGUGAGCCAAUAUAAGACCCUAGCUGGAAUGUGAGCAUGGAGACCCAGGUCCAGCAGCGUCCUUCAUUUCUCCUCAGGAUGCAUGCCACCUUCAGUGCUGCCUGGGGUCACCCAAGCUUGGGACAGGAUAGCUUGGUGGUGCCCCCUGUGUUCAGUGUCAGCCAGAUUCCACAUAUAAGUGAAAUCAUGAUUCAGGGCUCAAGUCCAGUGACACUAGACCUCAUCAUUCCCUUCCUGAGGCCAGGGGGCUGUGUCCUGGAGCUUCACUGUUUCAAGUCUCUGGACAAGAGGCUAGUGGGCGGAAAUCAGUCUUCACUGCACCUGCCAAGCCUACCGCGUUCAUCUAAUUACCCCAAAGCCACCCUACAGGCUGAAGCUGCCUUUAAAUAUACACCCACCCCCGGCCCCGCCCAGGUGAGAGCCCUACUCAAGCGUCGUCGUGCUACUCCUGCCCACGCGGUGGAUUCAGAGGCGCAGUUGCGCCUGGUGGGAGCGCUGGCCGAACUGCUGAGGGCGGCGGUGCAAUGUGAUGUGGCCCUGUGGGAGGGGACGAGCGUGGCACGCGUGGGCCCGCUGCCGUGGCUCUGGGCGGUUCGGGGACACGGGCGGCAGCAGGACACGGUGCUGCGGCUGUGGAACAGCGCGGGCUCCGAUCCGGCCUGCGGCCCGGAUCCCCGCGCCGCACUCCUGCGUGCCCUGCUCUGUGCCGCCCGGUGCCCGCCGCUGCUCCCGCACUUCAGUUGCCUCUGCGCCGAGAACAGCAUUUCCCCCCUGCCGCGUUACCGUCUGCGGCGCAACCUGCACGCCAGACCUUCCACCGAAGCUACCAGCUGGGACCGCUUUGGGGCUCGGCCGUGCCUUCGGGGGCGCCGGGACUUGUGCUGCAGGCUGGAGAGCGAGGCCGCCAAAUUUGCCAACCAAGGCUGAGCAGACUGCUGCAGUCGGGAUGUCUGUGGCCCCGUGGGUAGGGGCACUGGCUGGCACCCUGAAUGAGGCUUCUACCCUGGAGUCCUUGAGCUGCUUCCUCAAGACUACUGGCCCAAAAGCCUCACUCUGCCUCCCAGCCCAGAAGCAGAGCAGCUCACUCAGUCUCCCAGCCCCUUCCCCAUGGAAAGAGGCUUUGGCCCUGGGCAGCCCGGGCGAAAGUGGGACAGUGGAGACCAAGAUCCAGAAAGACGAAUAAAGGCGAACAUGAUGGAGAAACUAAGAAACACAAUGUGCUUCUCUAGUAUGCC